AUGUCAACAACCGAGGCCCGCGACGCCGCCAUCCGAGACGCAAAGCGCUACGUUCGUGAAAUCGUCCGCAACGACUGGGUCUUCGAGCCCUCCGCUGAACUAGGUAUCGCUCCAUUCUCGUCUCCUCCCACGCCCGAGCAAGAUGUUCUGGAAUGGCGUCUACGCGAAUACGAUAGCUCCGGCUCCGAGCUAGAACCGCAGUCCUCUCCUACCAUCGGCGCUGCAGCUGGACAGCAGCAUCCUGGCUACAAUGCCUCCGAGCUCUCCAGCCCGCUCGGGACCCCGCUCGGCGACGACUCAGACCGCAGGCGCAAACGGCGGCGCCAGAUGGAGGAAGAGAUGAAAUGGAACCCGGGUCUACGAGUGUGGGUUGAGCGUCGAGACGCAUGGUCGGGAGCUCUUUCAAAGGAAGAGAUUCGGGCCAGGCAAUUGAAAGCCCAGCAGACUACGGCUGCGACGCCCACAACUUCCUCCUCCGAACAACCGCAGAAUGCAGCGGCAGCAGCGACCACCGAUACCACUCCUCUCCUCUCCACGUCACCAUCCAACUCCCAGAACGAGCUCGCUCUGCGAACGGAAGCUUCCCUCAGCAUCGCCGAGAAUGAUGGCGCGCUCCCACGGCCGCCAUCUCGCGGCGAAGAGCCCUCCACGGCAGCAGAGCAACCACCCCCGCCACCCCCCGCAGGAGACGACGCGCAAGAAGGAACCACCGCCUCCGCAGAGACCCUGAGCACUGAACCGGACUCCGCGCGUCAACCUAGCAGCGAAGACCCUCUCAUCCCCGUUGUACCGUCCCUAAUCUCCAAUGCCAACCCCAUUCGCGCCUCCAUCACCCCGGCUAUGUAUCCCUCCAUCUACUCGAAAGUCGUCGUCCAGGGACUCACUCCCACCGUGCCGAUCAACCUCGCCGAUGUGACCAAGGCCAUGGUACAAGGAUGGAAAGCGGACGGCCAAUGGCCCCCGAAGCCCACCUCAAUCGUGCUUCAGGAUACCGCGACAGUGCGGCGCAAGCCCGAGGAGGAGUCUGCCGCUGCAGCGGGUGACAAGCCGCCGUCGUCACCCGAAUCAAAAAGACGUUCCGGAGUAGCCAGCGCAGUGCGCAAGGUCUUCCAUUUCUCAGGCUUCCAUCCCCAUCACCCGUUCCACCGGAGAGGAUCCAGCAGUCAGCAAAACGACGGGGGUGCCGGCGGUGCAGAUGGAGGCGUGCAUAAUUAG